CAUUUUUGUGUAUCUGGAUGAAGUUGCUCCGGCAUCGCAUCGCAGCCGAGGUCGCUCGGAUUGCGGGCGUUGCUGAGAGCAGCGUGCUGCCACUGAUCGCCUUCCACGCGAGCCGGCCGAGUCCGACCGCCGCUGGUCCGUCGAGUAGCACCAAUGCCAAGAAGCAAGCCAGUCCAAGCAGUGGUGGCCAGACGAUGGCGGGAAGCCACUUCCGACUGAGCGCAGCCGCACUCGCCGCGCUGAAGCCAGCGAGCCAGCCAGCCACGAGAGAAGACGACGACCCGAGUGCGACCCAAGCGAGCAGGGAUCUCGAAUCAAGGACAUUGAGCUCACAGAGUCAAAGCCCUGCCGUGGACAAGCUAACGGGUGGCCAGCUUGCCGCUCGCAUCCAGAACGAGCUGCAGACCAGCUCGCAAGCCAUCACGAGCGUUGCAACACUGGGCCAGUUGAUACAGUUUGGGUUUCAUCGCCCUACAUUCACCAAAGACGUUCUUCACAGUGCGUUGACGCAAGGCAGCAAGUAUGGAGAGGCUCGCUCUAUUGGGGCUGGCAAGACGGCCGUCCUUGACUUUAGCUCGCCAAACAUUGCCAAACCCUUCCACGCCGGCCACUUGCGUUCUGCCAUCAUUGGAAACGUUUUGCGCAACCUUCUGCAAGCAGUUGGCUAUAAAACCGUCGCUAUCAAUUACUUGGGUGACUGGGGCAAGCAGUAUGGCUUGCUCGGAGUAGGAUUCGCCAAGUAUGGGUCGCAGGAAAAGUUGGCAUCCUCUCCUUUGCAACAUCUCGCUGAGGUCUACGUCAAGAUCAACCGCGAAGCCGAGACCGACCCAGCCAUUCACGAUCAGGCACGGCAGCACUUCCGGAAAAUGGAGACGGGCGACCCGGAGACGCUCGCCACCUGGCGCCAGUUCAAGUCACUUAGCGAAGUCGAGUACCGAAGCAUGUACGCGCGACUCAACGUGCAGUUUGAUGUUUACGAUGGGGAGUCGCUGCAACACGAGCUCGUGCAACAGCACGUGGCUUCUUUGGUCGACAAGCUUGGCGUGAAAACGGCGUCGGAAAUUGCCGCGUCGCAGUCCGAUACCACCACCAACCAAGCCUUGGAAUCACCGCCCGUGACGCUCAAACGCGAGGACAAUGGCGCAUUGGUGGCUCUGUUUGCCAAUCCGCAGCUCAAACCGACAGUGCUGGCCAAAGCGAACGAGUCGUCCACCUACCUCACCCGAGACAUUGCAGCAGCCGUUUCUCGCUGGCAAAAGUACAAGCCUGACCUGGCCUUGUAUGUGGUGGGCCCGGAGCAAGCAUUGCACUUUGAGCAGCUGUUUGAGCUGCUGCGCGUGUUGGGCUACAGCGAAUACGCGGCUGCGUGUCGCCAUGUUGCUUUUGGGAAGGUGGAAGGCAUGAGCUCGCGCACGGGUAACAUGGUCCUGCUAUCGGAUGUUUUGGAAGAAGGCGAGCAGCACAUGCGCGAAAUUGGCGAGGAGCGUGGCCUUGCUCGCAGCGAACGCACAGCAACCUCCUCCGCCGAGUCGACCGACGACGCUUCAGCAGCAGAUCAACUCGUGGAUCGUGCGCGCGUGUCAAGAUCAACCGCUCUUGCUGCGAUUGUGGUGCAAGACCUGAAAUCACGGCGCUUGCGGGGAUACAAGUUCGACUGGAAUCAAGUUCUGCAAACGACCGGAACGACAGGGCCAUAUUUACUGUACACGCACGCCCGGUUGUGCAGUCUGAAACGCAAGAUGGGAAGCAACGCCGUUGCCGCUGACGUGGAUUGGUCUCUGCUUUCCGAACCGUCGGCCAUGUAUAUCGUAGAUGUCGUUGCCGCAUACCCGGAUGCGAUCGUGCGAGCCGCAACGCAGCUAGAGCCAAGCUUGCUGGUCGACCAGCUGAUGGACUUGGCACUGGCCGUCUCGGCAGGACUCCGCGAUCUUCGCGUGAAAGGUGCUUCCGAGGAAGUGGCUCGCGCGCGACUGGCACUCUUCGAAAGCGCCCGCAUCAACCUCGCCAAUGGACUUUGCUUGUUGGGCUUGGACCCGCUCGAGGCAAUGUAGGAGGCGUUUGGGGUCAAACUGCUGAAUCGAUGGAAUUGAAACUUCGGGAAACACCAUGUCCAUGUACUGUAUUGUUUUUUUUUUUUCGUUUUGUAACAACACUACUAAAACUACACAUCGUUCUCUGGC